AUCCGUGGGCACAUACAAACUGUUUUCAACCAAAAUCUCAAAGUGACUGCAAUAUUUUUGUUUAUGUUGCUUUUCUGAUAAAAUAAUUAAAUAUGGGUCGCUGAGAAGCUUGGAAAUAAAUACAAUAAAUCAUUCGACACAAUGAAGAAAGAACGGACUGGCGACAAUUGUCGUCCCUUUAAAUUAGCCCAUCAAAUUCUUAGCUUGACUGGUAUCAGCUUUGAAAGAAGGAGUAUUAUAGGUUUCGUGGAGCUGACGAUUGUGCCACUGAAAGAUAACUUGCGGUACAUCAGACUCAACGCCAAACAAUGCCGGAUCUACCGUGUUUGCCUGAACGACCAAUAUGAGGCUAAUUUUCAGUAUUGUGAUCCAUUUUUAGACAUUUGCCAGGCUGACCCAAAUACGAGAUCUCUGGAAGUAUUUUCCCAGUAUCACUUGGCGGCUGCUCAGAAGAUUGACCCUGACCACAACUCCGGAGAGCUCCACAUACAAGUGCCAGAGGAUGCCACCCACCUGGUCGGGGAAGGCCGAGGCCUCCGCAUCGGCAUUGAGUUCUCGUUGGAGUCCCCGCAAGGGGGCUUGCACUUUGUUGUGCCUGAGGGAGAGGGUAGUUUGGUUGAGAAAUCAGCCCACAUGUUCACUUAUGGCCACUCUGCUCGUCUAUGGUUCCCCUGUGUGGACAGUUAUGCUGAACCCUGCACAUGGAAGCUAGAAUUUACUGUUGACGAAAGCUUAACUGCAGUAUCAUGCGGGGAGUUGAUAGAUGUGGUUUACACCCCUGAUCAUAGGAGGAAGACCUUCCACUAUGUUGUUAAUACUCCUGCGUGCGCGCCGAAUAUCGCUUUAGCCAUUGGGCCUUUUGAAACCUAUGUAGAUCCACACAUGAAUGAAGUGACACACUACUGCCUACCUCAUUUGAUGCAGAUCUUGAAGAAUACUGUCCGAUAUCUGCAUGAGGCCUUCGAGUUCUAUGAAGAGACUUUGAGCACCAGAUAUCCAUAUCCCUGCUACAAGCAAGUCUUUGUUGAUGAGACCGAAGAUGACGUCACAGCAUAUACAACUAUGUCAAUACUAAGCACCCACUUGCUUCACUCGAUUGCCAUCAUUGAUCAGACGUAUCAAAGCAGAAAAGCCAUGGCCCAGGCGGUAGCAGAGCAGUUCUUUGGCUGUUUCAUUACUAUGCAGAACUGGUCAGAUCUCUGGUUGGCCAAAGGUAUACCAGAUUACAUGUGUGGACUGUACUCGAAGAAGUGUUUCGGAAACAACGAAUAUAGGUAUUGGAUUCAUCAAGAGUUGCAAGAGGUGGUAAGCUAUGAAGAGCAGUACGGUGGGAUGGUGCUAGAUCCUUGGCAGCCACCAGCCAGCGGCGCGAGAGUCGAACCCAAAGACAUGUUCUACUUUCCCGUACGCAAUGUGCACACCAUGUCGCCGAGAUACAUCGAGAUCAUGCGCAAGAAAUCCCACCUAGUUCUCCGAAUGUUGGAGCAACGCAUUGGCCAAGAGUUGCUUCUCCAAGUCUUCAACAAACAACUCUCAUUGGCCACAACUGCUGCCAACACCAAAAUCGGCAGCGGCCUGUGGGGCCAACUGCUCUUGUCCACUAAUUCGUUUGUGAAGGCCAUAUUCACUGUGACUGGCAAGCAUAUGGCGGUGUUCGUUGACCAGUGGGUGCGGACUGGUGGUCACGCUAAGUUUCAACUCACGUCCGUGUUCAAUAGGAAGAGAAACACAGUGGAGCUAGAAAUCCGUCAAGACUGCGUCCACGACCGUGGCAUUCGCAAAUACGUCGGUCCACUCCUAGUCCAGCUCCAGGAGUUAGAUGGCACCUUCAAGCAUACUCUCCAAAUAGAAAAUACGGUCGUGAAAGCGGACAUCACCUGCCACAGCAAGAGCAGAAGGAACAAGAAGAAAAAAAUUCCGCUGUGCACCGGCGAGGAGGUCGACAUGGAUCUGUCGGCUAUGGACGACUCACCCGUCCUAUGGAUUCGUCUAGACCCAGAGAUGUCUCUCUUGCGGAGCACGGUGAUAUCCCAGCCUGACUACCAGUGGCAGUACCAGCUGCGUCACGAGCGUGACGUCACCGCGCAGAGCGAGGCCAUUGACGCAUUGCACAACUACCCUGAAGUGGCGACGAGGAAAGCGCUGACGGAUACCAUAGAGAAUGAGCAGGCGUUUUACAAGAUAAGGUGUAGGGCUGCGCAUUGUUUGACGAAGGUGGCAAACGCGAUGAUAAGCACGUGGGCAGGCCCGCCGGCCAUGUUGACGAUCUUCCGCAAGAUGUUCGGCUCAUUCUCCGCGCCGCACAUCAUAAAGCAGAACAACUUCGACAACCUACAGCAUUAUUUCCUGCAGAAGACCAUACCGGUUGCGAUGGCAGGCCUCCGAAACAUCCACGGUAUCUGCCCACCAGAGGUAGUCAGAUUCCUCUUAGAUCUCUUCAAGUAUAACGACAACUCCAAGAACCAUUUCUCCGACAACUAUUACAAAGCGGCGCUAGUAGAUGCCCUGGCGGCGACCAUUACUCCGGUUAUAUCUGUGUUGCAACCCGGAGCACCAAUAACCGUCGACUCGCUCUCAGCAGACACAAAAUUAGUUCUCGAAGAGAUCACCAGGGUGCUAAACUUAGAAAAAGUGUUGCCAUGCUACAAAAACACGGUGACAGUGAGUUGCCUACGCGCGAUACGGAGGCUGCAACAAUGUGGACAUUUGCCCAGCAUACCUACGAUAUUCCGAGCGUAUGCGCAGUAUGGACAAUAUAUUGACGUGCGACUCGCCGCAUUCGAGUGUCUAGUGGACUUCGUCCGAGUGGACGGCAAGCCUGAAGACUUGUCUUCACUCCUGACUGCAGUGGAAAACGACCCCGACCCUUGCGUCAAACACGGGCUCGCUAGACUGAUGAUCAGUAAUCCGCCCUUCGAGCGAGCGCAGAGACAUCGUUUGGACACAGAUGCGGUGGUCCACAGGCUAUGGAACAACAUAAACAGCCACCUAUCAAACGACGCCCGCCUCCGAUGCGACCUAGUUGACCUUUACUACACACUGUACGGGCCAAAACGGCCGAUAUGUGUGCCCUUACCCGAAAUACAGGCUAUGAUGAAGCAAAUGCACCAUAAAGAACGCGAGAGGCUAGAACGGGAGAGGGAAAGGGAAAAUAGGGAGAAAGAGAGACAGAAGGAGUUGGAAUUGAAGCCCGUUAUCAAACAGGAGGUGGUUGAAGAUUUAAAAAUCGAGACGGACAUUCCGAUGCUUGAAUCUUCAUCUCUACUGCCGCCGCUGGAGCCGGUCAAGACAGAUGAACUGCUACCGGUACCACUGUCCGCCAUCAAGGAGGAGGACGUCAAGCUCGACGUGACCACCGUGCACGACACGCCCAUGGACUUCAAUGAUGAAACAAAACGCGAGUUUUCGGACAACGCGGUGCCGUUGCCUGGUAUACCCGGUACUUCAGGCCCCAUCGGGUUCGAGCCGGGAAUGUUCCGACAUGACAUUAAAGACGACAUGGGCGCUCCCAAGGCCAAGAAGAAGAAGAAAGACAAAAAGAAGCACAAACAUAAGCAUAAACACAAGCACAGCAGCAAAGACAAGUCGUCCAAAGACAAGGAGCACAAAGACAAGGAUCGGCCGAUGUUGCCCCGCCCUCCUUCCAGCACAGAACACCUCAAGAUCAAAGAGGAGACGAGGGAGACUCUUAGUUCAUUCAGCUCCAGCCAGAGUCCUUCAGAAGAUAUCUCGACUAUGCCAAGCAAUAUGAGCUUCUAAACUCCACUCAGACUGUAUAAAUUAGAUCGUAAGCAAAGUUAUCAAAGUUCUUAAUUAAAUCUUAAUGUAACAAA